AUGGCUUUUACUUUCGUUUAUUUCCUUUCUUGGGCACACUCCGCUUUGGCUUUGGAUGAACUAAAUGGUGCUAUAGUUAAAGGUGUGAACUUGGGUGGAUGGUUGGUUCUUGAAGGAUUCAUUACGCCUUCACUUUUUGAGGGUAUUCUCAACCCAACGAUGCUUGACGGAACAAAAGUUCGGUUCAAAUCUUUGAGGUCAAAUAAGUAUGUAAGUGCGCAGAAGGGAGGAGAUUCCGGCAUCAUCACCGUUCACAAGGACAAAGCUCGUACCAGGGAAACCUUCAGAGUGUCUUCUGGAAAUGAGCUUAGAGCAGACCAUGAAGGUAUGCCAACAGGGGAUGACGAUGCAGCCACAUUUCAGAUGAUAAUAGAUGUCAAGAUGAACAUUAAGGGAGAUUACCAGCUCGACAAUGGAUAUGGACUCGAAAAGGCCGCAGAAGUGCUUAGUAAUCACAGAAGCAAUUUCGUUACACAAGCAGACUUUCAGUUUCUUAGCAGAAACGGUAUAAACACCGUGAGGAUUCCUGUUGGGUGGCAGUAUGGGAUAAAAUGCAUAAUCGACCUUCAUGCAGCUCCUGGUUCCCAGAAUGGGAUGGAGCACAGUUCUAGCCGAGAUGGUACAAUUGACUGGACGACAUCUGAUAACAUCCAGCAAACUCUUCGUGUCAUAGAUUUCCUAGCUUCCAAGUACGGGAACCAUGAUGCUCUUUCAGGGAUUGUUUGA